UCUGAGGCCUCUGGAUGUGGAGUUCAUGAGACAUCUGAGCAAGGUGGUCAACAUCGUCCCUGUCAUCGCCAAGGCCGACACACUCACCCUGGAGGAGAGGGACUACUUUAAACAGAUGAUUAGGGAAGAGCUGCGAGCCAAUGGAAUCGAUGUUUACCCACAGAAAGAGUUUGACGAGGAUGCAGAGGACAGGCUGAUCAAUGACAAAAUCAGAGAGAUGAUCCCUUUUGCUGUUGUGGGCAGUGACCAGGAGUACCAGGUGAACGGCAAGAGGAUUCUGGGAAGGAAAACAAAAUGGGGCACCAUAGAGGUUGAGAAUAUUGCACACUGUGAGUUUGCCUACAUGCGAGACCUCCUCAUCAGGACACACAUGCAGAACAUCAAGGACAUCACAGGCAGCAUCCACUACGAGACAUAUCGUGUCCGCCGCUUAAAUGAAUCCAAUGGCCAUUUCAGUUCACAACCAUCUGACCAUCCUGCUGUUCAGCCAAAGGCCAACGGUCAGCCUGAGGAGCAGCUCGCUGCCCUGCAGGCCAAUGGAGUGGCUGCUCAGCAUGAAGCCCUGUCCCACGAGAUGUAAAGAGUCCUGUGAGGAGCCACAUUGCCAAUUUAUGAUAUCAGGACACAGCCAGACACAAAACAUACACUCACACAUGUAUUAUGUUUACAUAAACAAGCCCACAUGCACACAGAAUCAUUUUUGAUACAUAGAAGGACUUUUUUGCCAAAAAACUACCUAACUACAGCUUUAAUGAAUCAGGAAGGUACAAGACACAGGGCGCAGAGUAAAUACCAACAUUUUCCUUCCGUGGUCUGUAAAUGUUUUACAUCAUUACAAUUCUGAGCAAAAUCAUGUUUUCCCUGCAGACCUACAUCCUCUACAGAACUCUGAACUCAUCUAAUUCUGACUGCCCAAUGCAAUCUACAUUCACGAUUGUUCAAAGUAAACCAUAAAAGCUUAGCUCAUUACUAAGCUGUGGCUGCUGGGUUUAUAUUUUAGAACAUUCGCUGGCUUUUAAGAACGUAAGUGGAGUGCAGCAGCCAUGCAAGUAAGAUGUAAGUAAAUAAUCAGUGAAACAAUGUACAAGAUUUUGCUCAGAAUCAAUAGCAUGAUAGGAAAAAAGAGAGAUGGAUAAAAAGCCUGUUGCAGGAUAUUGGGUUGACAGGAGGUGUAGUCAUGCAGGGCUGUCCAGAGGAGGAGAAAUGGCAUAAUUCAAAAUGAAGUACAGCAUAUCAGAUGAUACUAGAUUAGCUCUAAACUAGGAGUAAUUGUUCGUGCCACUGGCCUUGUCUGCUUUGUGUUGUGGUGUAUAGUUUUGUAAAGAUACUAGGGUUAAGUAGGGAUAUUUAGAAUAGGUUCAUAGUAUUGUGGAUGAAGUAAAGAUAUUGACAACUGAGCACUGCAAAAUAAUAGAAAAGAAAAGAAAGCAGUAGCAGUGCAGAGCGGCUUUCGGAAAAAUGUGUACUCCUCGUUUUUUCAUUAUGCUUUUGCGACCCCUUUCUGCCAAACCAUCCCGUCUCUUUCUAUAUAAUGCCAAUGUUGUGUAAUACAGUCAUACCUUGCAUUUUACAUCGCUCAUUUAUUAUUGUGUUUUUAUUGCUGUUGUUCAUGUUCUAAUGUUAUUGUAUAAGAUCGGGGUUGUGGCGGAAUCUGUGCAACUGUUGUCCCAUGCAGCCUCUUUUUCUGACUGCAAACCAAAUAAAAGUCCAUUUUUCUGUUCUAAAGAGAAGCACAUACGGUAUAUAGCGUUGAUUUACGAAUAGGUAUUUAUGUGUAUGUUAAGUGUAAUCUGUUAAAUUCAACUUUCAUUCCAGCCAUUGGCUUCCAGAGGUUUGUUAAGGUCUUUAACAGUGAUGAACUUUUAGCUGUAGACAGUAUUUGGGUUUUUUGCAUUCAUACAGUAUGUUGUACCCUGUUGGCUAGGCAGCGCUAUAACUACCACCAAACAACUUUGCCUGCUAGUAAAGUGCAAAAUGGUCUAUAUUUAUACAUUGAUUAAUAAUAAUUACAACCAAUCCUGCCAAUAGAUAAUGGUUUGAAUGAUAACAUUCACAUUGCAAGCUUAAAGCAUUUUGUCGGAGGGAGGAUGUCUCACUACCACUGACAUGAAGAAUUUAUGCCAAAAAACAUUAAAUAACAACCAUAAAAUAACAUGAUGCAACUGAGAAUUUUUGUUAAUAUUUGUGAAAAAAUGUUUAAGUAAUGCAAACUCAAGGAAUAUUUUAUAGAUGCUAAAAACAUUCUCAGUUUCUUAACAGAAUAGUCAGCGGUGUAUUUUCUGCCUCCUUAAGUCACCACAAGAAUAUUUUAUAUAACAUGCAUACAGAAGAGGUAAUGAUUUCAAAAACCAAGAGAACUAUUGUCUUUUAUCCAGAGAAAGUUAUUGGGUUACACUUGGUUUACUGUUGUAUAGUUCUUGUGUAAUUUGUCAUGGUAUGAUAGAUUAAGGUUUUAUCUUUGUUAUGCUAUCUUAAAGAAUAAAGAUUAAUAUUUUUAUUGUUUAAA